AUGUUUACUAUGAGUUUAAUUAUUUUCGGUUAUUUCGCUUUAAAAUUCAUCAAGAGACAAAAUUCUGAAUCACAAUACUAUACGGAUGAUACUAUAAUUGAUACAAAUAGUAAUGAAUAUUAUGAUGGAAAUAACAGUGCUUAUAUUCAAAUACAAUACUUAUAUCAAAUUCGACCAAUUCUAACUUUUUCACAUAUUUAUUCAUCAAUUAAACACUCUUUGAUGGAUUUAUCUUAUUUUCUUAUACCAUCCAAAUGGUUACAUGUUCAACAUACAAAUAAUCAACAAAAUUCCGACAACAAAACAAUGGACUUACCAAUUUAA